AUGGAGAACUUAACCAAGUCGCUAGAAUUUCUAACCAAAUCUGGCUUUAUUAAAGGUUUAGUAGAAAAGAAUACAAUAAAAAAUAUAAAAUUCCUUCCCUUGGGUACGACAUUGCUCGAUAAUAUCCGAAAUGAAUGGCAUAAAAACAAAGAAGAGUUAAAUUCCUAUCCAGCUAUUGGAAUAGACGAAGAUUUUAAACGAGAUUCGAAUAAGUUUUCAUUUAUUCGAAGUCAUACACUUCGAGAGAGUCUGUUGCAUGUGAAAAAUCAUUUUCAAAAUGAUCUUCCUUUAAUUAUAAAAACAGAAAACUUGUUUUCUGCUCCAAGAGUUGUUAAUGAUGAUGAAACAAUUCAAAUUGAUAUACCCCGUGAAACUGUCCUAGCGACAAAUUAUUUUUUCACACCAUCAGUAGCUUUGGAAAAAUUCUAUCAUAUUCAAAGAGAACGAAAAAUCUGUUGGAUGAAAUAUUCAUCGAAUCCAAGUCGUUAUUAUUUGUCCGAUUUGGUGACUGAGGAAGUGGGUGGUCAUAAAUUGCAGUCAUUGAAGAUUAAGUCGAAGUUGGACAGCGGUGAUAUGGAGGUGGAAGAAAUACAUUUUGUUCCCAUUGCCGCAAUGGGAUUAGAAAAUGAAUCAGAUUUCGCCAUGAAGGAUUCGAGACUGUUGAGAGAUGUACUUCCAACUUGUAUUAGAUCCGAGUUUAAGUUGGAAACAACUGCAUGUGCCUUACUCCUUGAUUCAAUUGAAAGUAGCCGAGAGAACACUUUGGCUAUAAAUCGCAAAAUUGUUCCAUAUCAAUGUGGAAUAUUUUGUUACGUUGAAGAUAAUAUCAUGCCUUCAGAUAUGACUGAUCUAUCCACCCACAUCAGCAACGUUAUCCGCAAAUUAGGUAUAUCCGCUUUAAAUCUCCAAAAAUGUCACACCAACAACCCAAUCACACUCAACACAGAACUUUGUCAAAUGGAUCGAAUUGGUGUUCCUUAUUGUAUCAUUCUAGAAUCUGAAACUCUUCGAACAGGUUUAAUGAAACUGCGUAGCCGUGAUACAACACUUUCAGAAACCAUUCACAUAACAGAUGUAUCCAAUUAUUUACAAAAAAUAUUUAAUUCAUAACAAAACUGGGAUAGGAUUUUAUUUAUUUUUUAUUAACAAACAAAAAUGUAAUAAAUUAAAAUGAGAAGAAAUGAAUAA